GAGAGAUGGAAAGACUGAGACAGAGCACCGAGGAGAAGGACAGAGAGAUGGAGAGACUGAGAGAGAGCUGUGUGCAGAAAGAUGCAGAAAUACAGAGGCUUAAGGAGGAAGUAGUGGAGGUGAGACGGCGGUUUGAGGAAACUUCCAGAGAGGUGCAGAAGAACAAACGAGUCCUUCAGCAGCUCCAGGCGCUGGUGGCUCUGGUAAACGAACCUGCUGAGAGAGAUUGAAACCAGGCAGGAUUGUGGGUGGGGAAGCUCCUUCAUGCAAAAAAGGAUAAUAGCAUUUCUACUCACAAUAAAUGGACAUAUACUGGCAUUCUUAUACAUGGGCAUAACUUUAUCGUAACUACAUAAUAUAAUUUGAAAUAUGCAAACAAAUGAUUUUAAUAUGUCAGUUGCUAUAGAGGAGUAGUCACAUUACCGUCUGCUCAUAGGACUGUGAACUGUUUAAUGCGAUGGCAUACUAUGCGCUAUCCAUACUGUACACAUUGAAUCAUCUGAAUGCAACCUACUGAACCUACUAGUUGGUUAGUAGAUAUGUACUACGCAGUUUGACUGGGGUGAUUUUUUAUGAUUGGGCCCUAUUAAAUAUAAUGACAUUACUGUAUCAGGAUAUUUGCUGUAUCCCUGUUAAACUGGUUGAUAGAUGAGAUAAUUUGUGCUACCACUUGAUUGACUUGGAAGGAAAUCCAAUCACUGCUCAAAUAACAAAAUGUAUGUCAUCCUAAGGACCUUGUUCUAAACAAUGAACUCCUGCAUACGCUCUAUGGUUUGAAGUGGAGACAUGCCAGAUUGAGCUGAAAAUCCAGUCAGAGAUCGAAUAUGUCAGUUUGAAUAGAUAUGGAGCCAUUCUGGAUAUAUGGACAACAGAACCCUCAAGAUGUAAAUAUUGGACAUACUGCAAGUGAAUACAAUGUAAAUUAGCCUACAUUACGUAUGGACAUAGAAAAUCAUAUUCUGAAUGAUUUACUUGGCACUGAAUUAUUUACUCAGGCACUGUCCUGAAAGGGGAACAAUUUUAUUUUUUUGCAAGCUGCAAGUCUGCUGCAGAUUUCAGCACAGAGAUUUCUGUUUCCAUCACAGCCCCUGUACCUCGCCUGCUCGUGCUACGCAGUUGCUUGCACACAGAAAUUUCCUGGCCAGUUUUUAUGCAAUCAACCACCCGUAGAUUAAAUGUGAUUUUGUCUUCACUAUGGGACACUGUAGGCAGGACACAGACUACAUUCUUCCCCAUACCCUGUCUACCCCAACUUGAUCAUCCCCAUGCAACGACUCUUUUUCUCCCCCGACCUAAACUCUUUCUUGGGCUGAGCCUUGCUGAUCACCUCCUAAGUAAGCAUAAGAGAAUCAGAAGUCAGAUUCAUUCAAAUAAGCCUUAAAAUAGGCCUACCCUGUCAUGAAUCAUUAUAGUAGCCAAUGUAUUGUAUUCAAAAAAGAAAAGUAAGGAAUGUUAGGCUGGAUGUUUGGAUAGAAUCAUUAUCUGUCUAGAGGCCAUUAUUCAUGCAGUUCCAAAUUAGGUAUUUGGCUUCCGGCACACCCCUAAUAGACACAGGCCACAGAGAGCUAAAACAACAAAAAUGGUGUCACUGUCCAAAAGCAUACACACUGCACUGUAAGUACAGAAACAACAAAGUAUAUUCUACUGAUAUGACGAUGCAGUAGGAACUGAAGCAUUUCUGUGGUCAAACGUGUCAUCAUAUCCUCCUGCCAUGCUGAAAUUUGAACCAGCUCAAUCAACCAACAUUUAACCAACUUGACAAUGGAAAGUGAAAAAAGCUGUCUUCCUCUUUCUGGGAGUAAGCUGAGAAUCAAUCAGUAGGAAGGGCAGGUUCAGUGAGAAGUCUGCCAUUGUGGAACACUGGCACUGUUCAAAUGUCGGAAACUCGGGAGAAAGGGUGUUGGGCAGGUAGGGCUGAUCUCAGGCUGGUGCUUCUCGGGGGAAGGAAUUCUGGAAAGAGCUCUGCAGGAAACACCAUCCUGAGGAGAAGCCUGUUUGAAAUCGACAAAAUGAACAGCGGAUGUAGGGUGGGGCAGGGGAAGGUUGCAGGUAAGGAAGUCACUGUGGUUGACACUCCAGGCUGGGACUAUUUCACGGCCGGCAUCCCACAGGAGAUCAAACAGGAGAUGGAGCGCAGCGUGUCCUUGUGCUCCUCAGGGCCCCACGCCUUCCUCCUGACCAUCCCUGUGGAUUCAGACGUAAUACUGCCAAGACUGAAAGAGCAUAUGCAUCUACUCGGGGAGAUGGUUUGGAGAUACACACUGGUGCUGUUCACCUGUGGGGACAGGCUGGCUGGCUCUAAAUUAAAGGAGUACAUUGAAAGCAAAGGUGGUGGUUUGCAGAGGCUGCUCGAAAAAUGUGAGAACAGGUACCACGUACUCAAUAACUUAAACAUGGGAGAUGAAACUCAGGUCACAGAGCUCUUGAAAAAGGUAGAGCAUAUGAGGUCAAAUCAUUAUGAAUGCUACAUACGUGAGAAAUGGCGGCAUGUUGAACCAGACGUCCAGCCAGAGCAGGAACUUCAACUGAGUCAGCAAUGGACUGAGCCAGAUGAGAGAGAGGAACAGAACUGGUGCAACAGAGACCAGGGACAGGAACAGAUCCAGAGUGACAGAGACCAGGUACAGAAUACCACCAACUGCGGGAAAGCGCCCAGGAGCAAAGGAACAACAGAAAUUAGCCCACCUCUUACCUUGAACAGGUCAAGGGAGACGCUCACAGAGGAGGGGGAGCCGAGGGAGAGUCAGCAAGAGGAGGGGGACAUCUCUGGCCCCUCUCUGGAGGCGGGGGCAUUGCAGGCGGAGUGGGACGUGGAGCACGGCAGACCUUUGAAGGAGAGGGAGGAUGAGAGGAAGGCAGGGAUGAGGGGAGCACAGGCUGAAAGAGAGGAACCUAGAGGACGAGUGGAGAGGGAGAAGGAGGCACACCUAACGCCCCCUCAGGUGCCAAACGUGUGUACUUGGAGCACAUCAGCGAGGUAUACACAGGUGCUGCAGCAGCUGGGAGAGAUGGCAGUGCAGCUUGGCGAGGUCACAGAGACGCUCAGACUGAUGUAUGAGGAGCAGGCCAGGGAGGAGGCAGAGAGACACAGAGACGCCGCGCCGCAGAUCAACGCUUAUAGAGUGCAGUCUGCUGCAGCUGCAGCUGCACAGGAGCACACCGCAGCUCUGACAGAGAGAGACCAGGAGAGAGACAAACUGCAGGCAGAGAUAGAGAGACUGAGAGAGAGCACUGAGGAGAAGGGCAGAGAGAUGGAGAGACUGAGAGAGAGCACUGAGGAGAAGGGCAGAGAGAUGGAGAGACUGAGAGAGAGCUGUGUGCAGAAAGAUGCAGAAAUAGAGAGGCUUAAGGAAGAAGUAGCGGAGGUGAGACGGCAGUUUGAGGAAACUUCCAGAGAGGUGGAGAAGAACAAACGAGUCCUUCAGCAGCUCCAGGCGCUGGUAGCUCUGGUAAACGCACCUGCUGAGAGAGAGUGAAACCAGGCAGGAUUGUGGGUGGGGAAGCUCCUUCAAGCAAAAAAAUAUAAUAGCAUUUCUACUCACAGUAUAUGGAGAUACGGUAUAUUGGCAUUCUUAACUUUUAACAGGCCUUCCUGAAAAUAUUUUCAGCCUUUUCCCGAUACAGUUUACUGUUCCAAUGUUAUCAAGACAUAAUACUGGUGUGUUUGUGAAAUAAUAAAUUGUAAUUCAUUUGUAAUUUGUAAUAAAUUGUAAUUCACAGCAUUGAUUUUACUUUGUUACUAAUCUGUUAUACAUCUGUUAUUACAAAUAAAGGCCCUUUCAAACUUAUUAUUCCUACAUUUUCUUAGGUAGUCCUUUAAUCCUGCUUUCUUCUGAAAAGUACUUCAGAAUCAAAAGCAAAAGAAAAACAAAAUACAUGAAUUAAUACGUUAAUUCAUUCUUAAUUAAUCCCAAGAUUGCCUAAUAUAAAUACACUGUAAAUGUAAACCUGCAGCCUUCCUUGAGAUGUUCUGUGCAAAAAACUGGAAUCAUAUUUGUUGCUGUGUGAUUGUGGGCCUCUUAUUAAUACUUAAAAAAAUGUAAUUAUUAAAUAAAUAGCAUAAACGAUACACAACAGCAGCCUCUUUUUUGUCAUUUUAUUGUCUGUUAACAUCAGUCUGAAAUAAAUGAAGCAACAUCAGUGUGGUUUCAACAGCAUAUUUAAUGGAGAGAGAAAAGGAAAUGUAAAAUGAAAAUAUAUGCAUUGAUGAAUAUUAAGUAAA